GGACUUUAUCUCUUGAAUUUCCAUUUGAUUUCCCAUUUUUAUUCGUGAUUUUGAUAGUUAAUUAAAUCCUUUGAAUUUUCCUCUAAUUUGCUUGCACAAUCAUGUUGAUCAUGUUAAAUGAUACGGAUUUUUGGCUUUAACGAAUUGCGCCGUCAAAAUUCGCAAAAACUUCAAGAUGGUUAGUUUUUUGUUGACAUUCUGAGUGUUUUUUUUCCAAAAUAGUCAAGAAAAAUCUAUUUUUUCACAAAAAACACAAAAACAACACAUUUCUGGCAAUGGAUUGGAUAAAAGUGGAAGAUUCGGAGAUUGAAGUUCGCGAUGUUAGUGUUCAGCGUUCCUAUCAGGAUGAUGAGGAUUCCGGAGACGAUCCCCUGGCCCCGGGAAAUGUAACCAGCACAAAUGGCGAAUCAGGGGAAUUCUCUCAACCCACCCCCAAGCGGGGGGAGAAGCGAAAAAACAACAUGAGCACCAACGAGCUGUACAACAACAUCAAGAACCGCCGGAAUGUCGUCAAGAGGAUCGCCUACGGACUGACGAAGGAACUCCAGCUCCUUGAGAAGCGGAAACGGGACAUACACAGUGAGUUUAUGCAGCUGAAAAGCCUCAAUGAAUACUACAAGAAACUCGAGCACAGUGUCCUACAGAUUAGACAACACAAAAAGACCACUUCCACCGCCAAAUGAAAUCUCUCUUACUUUCUUUCCUGCAUCCCUUGUAUUACGAUGGUUUUAUUGAAUACAAAAAAUAUUCCUCAAA